UCGCGCAGUGCAGACCCAGGAACUCGCCUUCCCGGCUCCCCGCGCGGCCAGGCUGCUCCUUCGCGAUCAGGAAACGCGAAAGAUGGCGACUGCUCGGCGACGUUGAGGCCGCGUUAGGCGGUUCAAGCGCGGGGUGAUGGCAGGAGAACUGGCUGACAAAAAGGACCGAGAUGCAUCACCCAAGGACGAGAGGAAGCGAUCGCGGACUCCUGAUAGAGAGCGAGAUAGAGACCGGGACCGAAAGUCCUCCCCAUCUAAAGAUAGGAAGCGGCAUCGGUCGCGGGACCGGCGUCGGGGAGGUAGCCGUUCUCGCUCUCGGUCCAGGUCCAAGUCUACAGAGAGAGAACGACGGCACAAGGAACGAGAGCGAGAUAAGGAACGAGAGCGGAGCAAGAAGGAGCGGGACCGGGACAAGGAUGGGCACAGACGGGACAAGGACCGCAAAAGAUCCAGCUUGUCUCCUGGUCGAGGGAAGGAUUUCAAGUCACGGAAGGACAAAGACUCUAAGAAGGGCGAUGAGGAUGAGCAUGGUGACAAGAAACCUAAGAUCCAGCCACUGUCCCUGGAGGAACUUCUGGCCAAGAAAAAGGCUGAGGAAGAAGCUGAAGCUAAGCCCAAGUUCCUCUCCAAAGCAGAGCGGGAGGCUGAGGCUCUGAAGCGGCGGCAGCAGGAGGUGGAAGAGCGCCAGAAGAUGCUUGAGGAAGAAAGGAGGAAAAGGAAACAGUUCCAGGAUCUGGGCAGGAAGAUGCUGGAAGAUCCUCAGGAGCGGGAGCGCCGGGAACGGAGGGAGAGGAUGGAACGUGAGACCAAUGGAACGGAGGAUGAGGAGGGCCGGCAGAAGAUCCGGGAGGAAAAAGACAAGAGCAAGGAACUGCAUGCUAUUAAGGAGCGCUACCUCGGUGGCAUCAAAAAACGGCGCCGAACAAGGCAUCUCAAUGACCGAAAGUUUGUCUUUGAGUGGGACGCAUCUGAAGAUACCUCCAUUGACUACAACCCCCUGUACAAAGAACGACACCAGGUGCAGUUGUUGGGGCGAGGCUUCAUCGCAGGCAUCGACCUAAAGCAGCAGAAACGAGAACAGUCACGUUUCUAUGGAGACCUGAUGGAAAAGAGGCGGACCCUGGAGGAAAAGGAGCAGGAGGAGGCAAGACUCCGCAAACUCCGUAAGAAGGAAGCCAAGCAACGCUGGGAUGACCGCCAUUGGUCCCAGAAGAAGUUAGAUGAGAUGACAGACAGGGACUGGCGGAUCUUCCGUGAAGACUAUAGCAUCACCACCAAAGGUGGCAAGAUCCCCAACCCCAUCCGGUCUUGGAAAGAUUCGUCUCUGCCCCCACAUAUCUUGGAAGUCAUUGAUAAGUGUGGCUACAAGGAGCCAACACCUAUCCAGCGGCAAGCCAUUCCCAUUGGGCUACAGAAUCGUGACAUCAUUGGUGUGGCUGAGACUGGCAGUGGCAAGACGGCAGCCUUUCUCAUCCCCUUACUGGUCUGGAUCACCACACUUCCCAAAAUUGACAGGAUCGAAGAGUCAGACCAGGGCCCUUACGCCAUCAUUCUGGCCCCCACCCGUGAGUUGGCUCAGCAGAUUGAGGAGGAGACCAUAAAAUUUGGGAAGCCACUCGGUAUCCGCACUGUGGCUGUCAUCGGUGGCAUCUCCAGAGAAGACCAGGGCUUCAGGCUACGCAUGGGCUGUGAGAUUGUGAUCGCCACCCCAGGACGUCUGAUCGAUGUGCUGGAGAACCGCUACCUGGUGCUGAGCCGCUGUACCUAUGUGGUUCUGGAUGAGGCAGACAGGAUGAUUGACAUGGGCUUUGAGCCAGAUGUGCAGAAGAUCCUAGAACACAUGCCUGUGAGCAACCAGAAGCCGGACACUGAUGAGGCUGAGGACCCAGAGAAGAUGCUGGCCAACUUUGAGUCAGGAAAACAUAAAUACCGCCAAACAGUCAUGUUCACGGCUACUAUGCCCCCAGCGGUGGAGCGUCUAGCCAGGAGCUAUCUUCGGAGACCUGCUGUGGUGUACAUUGGCUCUGCAGGCAAGCCCCACGAGCGGGUGGAACAGAAAGUCUUCCUCAUGUCAGAAUCAGAAAAGAGGAAAAAGCUGCUGGCAAUCUUGGAACAAGGUUUUGAUCCACCCAUCAUCAUUUUUGUCAACCAGAAGAAGGGUUGUGACGUGUUGGCCAAGUCUCUUGAGAAGAUGGGGUACAAUGCCUGUACACUGCAUGGUGGAAAAGGCCAGGAGCAGCGAGAAUUUGCAUUGUCCAACCUCAAGGCUGGAGCCAAGGAUAUUUUGGUGGCUACAGAUGUGGCUGGUCGUGGUAUUGAUAUCCAGGAUGUGUCUAUGGUUGUCAACUAUGAUAUGGCCAAAAAUAUCGAAGAUUACAUUCACCGAAUUGGCCGCACGGGAAGAGCGGGCAAGAGUGGCGUAGCCAUCACCUUCCUCACCAAAGAGGACUCAGCUGUGUUCUAUGAACUGAAGCAAGCCAUCCUGGAGAGCCCGGUGUCGUCUUGCCCUCCAGAGCUAGCAAACCACCCGGACGCCCAGCACAAGCCAGGCACCAUCCUCACCAAGAAGCGCAGGGAGGAGACCAUCUUCGCCUGACACGCCCCGGAGCUCGUGCCCCUGUCCCUGCGCUUAUGCUUGGCUUCUGGGGCUCAGGAAAGUCAGAGUCCCUGGUCUAGAAGCCUGUGAAGUGGGCUCCAGAGGGACAGGAAGAUGUGGGCGGCAGGAGGAGCAGACUCCGUCAGGGUUGGCCCGGCUCUGCCCCUUACAACCUCGCCGUUGUCCUGGUAAUGGGCAGCUGCCUAGCCUGAGCAAACACCUGGCCACCUGGAGGGGACUUCUUCAGCACGUGUGCGACUGUGUACUGCAGUAUCUUGUCGCCCUAAGUGGCCCAGGGGAGCUGGCAUCAUGACGAUUGUGGACCUUGGACUCUGUCACUCUGACAACUGUGUUCUCAUUUGGAGUUAAAACAGGUUGAGAGCCUUUAGAGCUGUGCACAGCCCAGGCCACAGGGUGCUGUGCACUCUAGGCGUCCCUCCCCCCGGGGAUUUUUUUUUUUUUUUUUUUUUUUUUUUUUUUUUUAGAUAGGGGGACAGGGUGGGCUGGCUGUGUUCAUCAUUAAGUCACUGAGUGAAAUUUCUGUUUUCUAUUCUCUGAGAAGAUAAGUUUGUAUGUUCUGAGAAUAAAUACAUGAAUAUUAA